AUGGAAGGUUUAAAGCCACCAAGUCCGAUGAGCUUGGAAGGAGACGUAGGAGUAAAUUUUAGAAAGUGGAAGCAACAGUUUGAAAUGUUUAUGUUGGCUUCGGGCUUGGAUGUAAAGGCAAGUGUGUCCAGUGAGCAGAAAGUGGCAAUACUAUUACAUAGUAUUGGCUCAGAAGUGUAUGAAAUUUACACUACAUUAGAAUUGUCGGAUGAAGAGAGAAAGAGUUGGAAAGAAGUACUUAAAAAACUUGAAGUCUACUUUAAGCCGAAGGAAAAUGAAACAAUAAAUAGGCAUAUGUUUCACACCAGACGACAGAAAGAUGGGGAGAGUAUAGACAGUUUCGUGACCGAUCUGAAAAAGUUGGCUCAAAGUUGCAAUUUUGGAGAUGUCAAGGAUAGCUUGAUACGUGAUAGAAUUGUAUGUGGUGUAAUAGAUCAUAAGGUGAGAGAUGCAUUGCUUAGGGAGACAGAGCUCGACUUGAAGAAAUGUGUGGAUAUGUGUAGAGCAGCUGAGCUGGCGAAUUUGCAGUCGAAACAGAUUGGAGAAUGUGGAUCAAAGAUUGAUGCAGUGUCGAGGAAGCCAAAGUACAAAAAGGAGACGAGGGACGACCACCAUGGAAAACAAAGCAGGUGUAAAGCAUGCGGCUUAAAGCAUGGAAAAGUGUGUCCAGCGUUUCGUAAGAUGUGCAACAAGUGUAAGCAAUACAACCACUUUGCGGUUAUGUGUCCGUCAAAUGUGUCGUCAAGUUCCUCGAAGAAAGCAAAAGUGUAUGAGGUUCAGGAAAGCUCAAGUGAGUUGGAAGAAACCGAUGGAGAUGAAAUGUUCGUGGGGAUGGUGAAGAAGAAAGAAGACAAUGUCAAGUAUGUCAAUGGCAUUAGCGAGUGGUUUCAGAAAAUUAACGUAGGUAAGCACAGCAUUAAUUGUAAAGUGGAUACGGGAGCUGAUGUUAAUAUCUUGAACCUAAAAGUUGCAAAGGAUUUAAAUCUCUAUGUAAGACCAAGUAAAGUCAAGUUAAAAAGCUAUAAUGAUUCUAAAAUUGAUGUCGUGGGUAAGACAACAUUAGAAUGCAGAAUAAAGGAGAAAAAGUAUGAUGUGGACUUCCAAGUAGUAGAUUUAGACGCACCCUGUAUAAUUGGACUACCGUUUAUAGAAAAGUUCCAAUUACUGAAAAAAGUACAUGCAGUGGAACAAAACAACGUAGAGUAUUUAAUUAAACAAAAUGAAGAUUUAUUCAAAGGCAUCGGUGAGAUGAAGCAGAGUUGCGAAAUUAGACUCAAAAGUGAGAUAGAACCAGUUACAGAACCACUGAGAAGAAUAUCAUUGAGCUUGCAACCUAAAGUUAAGCUCGAGUUAGAGAGAAUGGUAAAAAAUGGAAUAAUUAGAAGUGUGACUGAACCGACGGAGUGGUGCAGCUCAUUAGUAACCGUCAAGAAGCCCGAUGGUUCACUGAGGUUAUGUUUGGACCCUCAGAAUUUGAACAGAGCUGUAAUCAGAGAAAUUUACCAAAUACCAUCGUUCGAGCAGUUAGCAUCAAAAAUGUCAGGUGCUAAAAUAUUUUCCAUUUUGGACGGAAACAAAGGAUUUUACCAGAUAAAACUUAAAGAAGAGUGUCAACUUCUAACCACGUUUAAUGCUGGCAAUUUUGGAAGGUACUGUUACCAAAGGUUACCAUAUGGGUUAUGCUCAAGUCCGGAAAUCUUUCAUAGGAUGUUCCAACAAGUUUUUAGUGGUCUUGAAGGAGUGGAAGUGUAUAUCGACGAUAUAUUAAUAUAUGCAGUUGAUGAAGUGGAGCAUUAUAAUCGGUUAAAAGCAGUGUUAGAUCGUGCUCGUCAAGCGAAUGUGCGGUUUAAUAAAUUAAAGUGCAAGUUUGGAGUGAGUGAGGUUAAAUAUGUGGGUCAUGUGUUCUCAAAAGAAGGAUUAAAACCCGAUUAUGACAAGGUACGUGCCAUUGUGGAGAUGGACGAUCCCAAGGACAAGAAGCAACUUCAAACAGUUCUAGGAAUGGUGACGUAUGUAAAUGAACCUGUAACCUUAAUGCAAAAUAGUGAACAAGUUCAAAAUCCUGAAAAGACAGAAAAUAGUAAUAAUCAGGAAUCUCGUCAGGAAUUAAGUUCAUUAAUUAAGCCAGAAGUUUCUUGUAAAACGCGAACUGGAAGGGUAGUUAAGAAACCCCAAUAUUUGUCUGAUUAUGUUGUAGAAUAG